AUGCCCGAAACAAUAAUUGCCGGUAUACCGGUGAAUUUCCCAUUCGAACCCUAUGAAGUACAACGGGCCUAUAUGGAAAAAGUAAUUAUAUGCCUGCGAGAUGCUACCAACGGUGUCCUGGAAUCACCCACUGGAACUGGUAAAACCUUGAGUCUACUCUGUUCCUCCUUGGCCUGGCUACAUCAACGCAAAGAAGAAAUGAAAAAUCAGAUGGUAAAGGCAAAUCCUUCACAGUCGGAUUUUAAGGAUAAUCCAAUGUUGGGCGAACAUUUUGAAAUGAUGGCGCGCUCAAAGGGCAAAAGUAACUGGGGUUUGCCAAAAAUUAUCUAUGCAUCACGUACUCACUCUCAGCUAACACAGGCUAUGCAGGAAUUAAAGAGAACAUCGUAUUCCUUUAUGCGAGCUGUGGUAUUGGGUUCCCGUGAUCAGUUGUGUAUUCACCCCGAGGUAAUGCGGGAAAUGGGUAAUGCCAAUAAAAUACAAAUGUGUAAAUUGCGUGUCCAGACAAGAACAUGUUCAUUCCACAGUCGUGUUGAGUCACGCAAAGAUGAUCCGGAUUUUCGUGGCCCAUCAAUUAUGGAUAUUGAAGAUUUAGUUAAGGUGGGACAGAAAUUGAAAAUGUGUCCCUACUAUGCCUCCAAAGAAUUGGUGGAUGAUGCUGAUAUUGUAUUUAUGCCCUACAACUAUUUGUUGGACCCAUCGGCGAGGAAAGCUAAUAAAAUUGAAUUGAACAAUACAAUUUGUAUAUUGGAUGAGGCGCAUAAUAUUGAAAAGAUAUGUGAAGAAUCGGCAUCAGUGAAUAUAAGGUCAUCCGAUGUGGCAUUGGCUAUUGAGGAUACCACGCAUAUUAUGAAGGCAAUGAGUGAGGGUGAGAUGAUCGAUGGUGGUGAUGAACCAAAAGAUUUCACCCUGGACGAUUUGGCAUUGCUUAAGGAAAUGCUUUUGGAAUUGGAAAAGGCAAUUGACGAUGUUGUGGUGGAGAAUAGCCAAGAUGGUGCCACAUUUCCGGCCUCGUAUAUUUUUGAUCUUUUGGGCAGGGCAAAUAUCACCUAUGGCUCCUCAAAGGCGAUUGUUGCUCUUCUGGACAAAUUAAUACAAUUUAUGACGGUGGCAUCACAGAACAGUAUGACACGCAAGGGUGGUAGUUAUCAAAAAUUAAGUGAUCUCCUGACCAUUGUAUUUUUCAAUAAGGAGGAUGCCAUAGACAAGAUUUAUCGUAGCUUUAAAGUCCAUGUACAAAUCGAAGAAGAAAAGAAAUUCAAUACCAAGGCCAAUGCCAAUCAAUCGGGUUGGCUUUCCAAGGGUAAUACAACUACCACCAGUAAAGCGGGUAAAAUAAUUAAUUAUUGGUGUUUUAAUCCGGGUUUUGGAAUGGAACAAUUAUUGAACACGAAUGUACGUAGUGUAAUUCUAACCAGUGGUACAUUGGCUCCCCUGAAACCGUUGAUAGCGGAAUUAUCCAUACCCAUUGCUCAACGCUUGGAAAAUCCUCAUAUUGUAUCCGCAUCUCAGGUGUAUGUCAAAAUAAUUGGUUCUGGUCCAGAUCGUGAGCCGUUAAUCUCCAAUUAUCAAAAUAGAGAUAAUCCAAAAUAUAUCAGUUCCUUGGGCUCGACAAUUGUAAAUGUUGCUCGCCUCGUACCCGAUGGUUUAUUGGUGUUCUUUCCCUCCUAUCCUCUACUAAAUCAAUGUGUUAAUUCAUGGCAAGCAUCUGGUGUGUGGUCAGAUAUUUCAAGGCACAAACCGAUUUUUGUCGAACCGCGCGGUAAAGAGGAUUUUGUUAGCACCAUGGAACAAUUCUAUCAAAGUAUAAAAGAUUCAAAGGGUGCCUGUUUUAUGGCCGUUUGUCGUGGUAAGGUAUCUGAGGGUUUAGAUUUUGCCGAUCGUAAUGGUCGUGCUGUAAUUAUUACGGGUCUGCCAUUUCCGCCGCUAAAAGAUCCCAAAGUGAUAUUGAAGAAAAAGUAUUUGGAAGAGAAUCGUACAAAGGAAAAUGAGUUACUUACCGGUCAGGCGUGGUACUCCUUGGAUGCCACCCGAGCUGUAAAUCAGGCCAUUGGUCGUGUAAUACGUCAUCGCAAUGAUUAUGGUGCAAUCCUGUUGUGUGAUGCAAGAUUUCAACAACAAUCUCAGGUACAGCAAUUAUCCAAGUGGAUAAGAGAUAUUUUGGGUAGUCAAAAAAUCAAUACGGCCUUUGGACCGGUCAUUAAGGAAUUAAGAGAUUUCUUUAAAAAUGCUGAUAAAACGAUGCCCAAGCCAAAAGAGCGUUCAGUGGAAACAUUGGUCCACGACAGUUGUGAUGAGGUAGGGGAGAGUGUGCGUAGCAAAUUAUUUGCCGAUCCCAAAGACAUACUUGCGGCCAAAAAUCGUUUUCAAACAGCUCAUAAUCAAGCCAUUAAAGUUGAGAAAACAAAUUCAAUAGAAUCGUGGUCACCAAAUGAUUAUGCCCGGGCCGCUGGUCGGUCAAAUACUGGCAAAUUACCCAGUGCCAUGGAUUUCAUGAGUCGUCUUGAUUCCGAUGUAAAAGCCAUAGAUUUUAAUUCGUCCUCAUCCGGAUCUAGUGGCAAGGAUAAUUUAGUAAAAAUCCACAAACGUGAACGUAGUCCAACGAGUAGUCAAUUAUUUUCCUCCUCCUCCUCGAGUGGUACAUCAUCAUCUCAAAUGGAAUUAAGUAAAAAGAAAAAAUACAAACUUGUAGAUAAUACCCAAUCGAUAACCACCCAAUUGUCAAACUCAGCCACUGCCAAACUCAAUUCAUUUGCAUUUGCUAAAAAGCCCCAAGUUUCCAAUAACAACACCACCACCACAUCCUCCAGUAUUACGGAAGAUAAUAAGAAGGCACCAGAGGAUAGAUUGGAAUUUUUAAAAGUGCUUCGUGGCAUUUUGGCUCCUCCAGAUUUCAGUGCCUUUACCGCCGCCUUGGUUUCCUACAAACGUGAUAGCAACAUAGACGCUCUAUUGGAUCUAUUAUUUCGUAUAUUGGCAAAACCCAGUUCAAUGUAUUUGCUACGCGGUAUGAAACGUUUUCUAAAAAAUGAACACCGUUCAAAAUUCGAUGAACGUCUUGCUUGCUUUUCGUAG